GUUACCAAUGCCCAGCAUGCGCAUGGGCCAUGCCUUGUUUCGCUUGAUGCUGGCGCUGCUCCUGUCCACCUGUGGAGCUGGGGCUGCCGAGCCGGAAAUGGACUAUGCCUUGCUGCGUGCCAAUGUUGUGCAGGCGUACGCGCAGCAAACUGCCGAGAUGGCCGAGACGCUCAAUGUUCUGCAAAGCCUGAGCGUGGACACAGCUGCGACGCUGGCUCGUUUGGAGAGCGCUUGCCUGUGGCGUGUGCUGCCGAGGAGCAGCGAAUUCUGUAUAACUUUGACGCCCACCGGCGUUUCUUCUUCCGGCGUUGCCGGCAUCAUUGGAACUGAGAUCGAUGGCUGCCAAAAGUCCGCUGCUGUCAAUAUGGUGAGAGGUCCCUGUGUCUUGGUGCUUGUGCUGCAAGCUGCUGCCCAGCAGUUUGCGCCGUUCGAUGCCGCAACAGCGUCCAGCACCUAUUCCUCGAAGACGUUCGGUGCAGACCUGGCGACAAGCGAGUCCUCCGGAUAUUGGUGCAGCGCCGGGGACCAUGAACCUGGGCAGAGCGUGUCUUGGACUGGCGUGUUCAAGGCACGGAGGCAGCUGCUCGGUGUGACGUUGCGAUGGAGCUAUGCUCCUGAAGAAGUUAAAGUGCUCACCAGCUCGGAUGGUGGUAACUUCCAGGAGAGUGUUGGUUGGCGCAAGCUCUCAAGGCCAGAGCCCAGCUUCGAGGACACAAUCUUGUUCCCAGAGCCGGUGGCUGCAAAGGCUGUGAAAGUCUUGAUGCGUGGUGCAAAGCCUUGGGGAUAUUUCGGCUUGUCCAAUGCAGUGGCGAUCGCAAGGCCGUCUGCCUUCAUGCUGGUCAGUGGUGUCCCAGCAGCGCAGGAGCAGUGUGUGGUCGCAUCAAGCAGCGGUGUGGCGGCAAAGCCGUGCAUUGAUGCGGUUGUGAGCGGCACGGGUGCCGAGAUCUUUGCAGGUGCAGGAGGUGAGCUGCAGGUGCUGGGCGGGGGCUGCCUGGGUGUUGUGGCUGGCAAGUUGUCUUUGAUUGAGUGCCAAGCAGGCCAAGGGUCAUGGGUCGUCGCUCAAGAUGGGCAAGUCAAGCAGGGAAACACGUGCCUCGUAGUGACGGGAGCACAGGUGUCAGUAGCUGAUUGCGACGAUGCCGCAUUGACUGGUGGUGACAAGUUCUUUCAAGUUGCAGUUCCAGACAAUGACCCUGCCGCCGUGGUUGCCGUGCAAGAGGUGGGCGCGCUGCUGCGUGCCAGUGUGAAAAGGCAGCGCGCACUUGUUGCUGCGCUCCAGCGUCUCGUUCCAAGAUUGGAUUCCUGCAAGCCGCAGACUACCAGCUUGGCUGUCAAGCAGAACUGGCCAGCCUUCCUCCAAUCAGGAUCGUCCUCCAGGCGUGCGGAUGGUGAGUCCUUGACGGCCAAGGUGGGUGCCAGCUUUGGCCCUGGCAGCGCAGAGCUUGAUACUGUGCUUGCAGCGUCCGCAGAUGUCCUCCGACUGGCUGGGGCAAAGUUACCAAUGCCCAGCAUGCGCAUGGGCCAUGCCUUGUUUCGCUUGAUGCUGGCGCUGCUCCUGUCCACCUCUGGAGCUGGGGCUGCCGAGCCGGAAAUGGACUAUGCCUUGCUGCGUGCCAAUGUUGUGCAGGCGUACGCGCAGCAAACUGCCGAGAUGGCCGAGACGCUCAAUGUUCUGCAAAGCCUGAGCACGGACACAGCUGCGACGCUGGCUCGUUUGGAGAGUGCUUGUCGCUGUGUCUUGGUGCUUGUGCUGCAAGCUGCUGCCCAGCAGUUUGCGCCGUUCGAUGCCGCAACAGCGUCCAGCACCUAUUCCUCGAAGACGUUCGGUGCAGACCUGGCGACAAGCGAGUCCUCCGGAUAUUGGUGCAGCGCCGGGGACCAUGAACCUGGGCAGAGCGUGUCUUGGACUGGCGUGUUCAAGGCACGGAGGCAGCUGCUCGGUGUGACGUUGCGAUGGAGCUAUGCUCCUGAAGAAGUUAAAGUGCUCACCAGCUCGGAUGGUGGUAACUUCCAGGAGAGUGUUGGUUGGCGCAAGCUCUCGAGGCCAGAGCCCAGCUUCGAGGACACAAUCUUGUUCCCAGAGCCGGUGGCUGCAAAGGCUGUGAAAGUCUUGAUGCGUGGUGCAAAGCCUUGGGGAUAUUUCGGCUUGUCCAAUGCAGUGGCGAUCGCAAGGCCGUCUGCCUUCAUGCUGGUCAGUGGUGUCCCAGCAGCGCAGGAGCAGUGUGUGGUCGCAUCAAGCAGCGGUGUGGCGGCAAAGCCGUGCGUUGAUGCGGUUGUGAGCGGCACGGGUGCCGAGAUCUUUGCAGGUGCAGGAGGUGAGCUGCAGGUGCUGGGCGGGGGCUGCCUGGGUGUUGUGGCUGGCAAGUUGUCUUUGAUUGAGUGCCAAGCAGGCCAAGGGUCAUGGGUCGUCGCUCAAGAUGGGCAAGUCAAGCAGGGAAACACGUGCCUCGUAGUGACGGGAGCACAGGUGUCAGUAGCUGAUUGCGACGAUGCCGCGUUGACUGGUGGUGACAAGUUCUUUCAAGUUGCAGUUCCAGACCAUGACCCUGCCGCCGUGGUUGCCGUGCAAGAGGUGGGCGCGCUGCUGCGUGCCAGUGUGAAAAGGCAGCGCGCACUUGUUGCUGCGCUCCAGCGUCUCGUUCCAAGAUUGGAUUCCUGCAAGCCGCAGACUACCAGCUUGGCUGUCAAGCAGAACUGGCCAGCCUUCCUCCAAUCAGGAUCGUCCUCCAGGCGUGCGGAUGGUGAGUCCUUGACGGCCAAGGUGGGUGCCAGCUUUGGCCCUGGCGGCGCAGAGCUUGAUGCCGUGCUUGCAGCGUCCGCAGAUGUCCUCCGACUGGUUGGGGCAAAGUUACCAAUGCCCAGCAUGCGCAUGGGCCAUGCCUUGUUUCGCUUGAUGCUGGCGCUGCUCCUGUCCACCUGUGGAGCUGGGGCUGCCGAGCCGGAAAUGGACUAUGCCUUGCUGCGUGCCAAUGUUGUGCAGGCGUACGCGCAGCAAACUGCCGAGAUGGCCGAGACGCUCAAUGUUCUGCAAAGCCUGAGCGCGGACACAGCUGCGACGCUGGCUCGUUUGGAGAGCGCUUGUGCCGAGUGA